UCCAGCGUCCUGGCUGCCAGGGCCGUGGGCGUCCGGGCGGUGGCCUGGCUGCUCCUCUGGGAGGCGGCUGGACUUACCAGCACACCAGGCACCGACUUCGCCGCCGCCCCCAACUACGCUGGCAUAAGGGCCACUUGUUCAGAAAUUAUUUUGAGGCAAGAAGUUUUGAAAGAUGGUUUCCAUAGAGACCUUUUAAUAAAAGUGAAAUUUGGAGAAAGCAUUGAGGACUUACAGACCUGCCGACUCUUAAUUAAACAGUACAUCCCGACAGGACUUUUUGUGGAUCCGUAUGAGUUGGCUUCAUUACGAGAGAGAAACAUAACAGAGGCAGUGAUGGUUUCAGAAGACUUUAAUAUAGAAGCUCCCAAUUAUUUGUCCAAGGAAUCCGAAGUUCUGAUUUAUGCCAGACAAGAUUCACAGUGCAUUGACUGUUUCCAAGCUUUUUUGCCUGUGCACUACCGCUAUCAUCGGCCACAUAGUAAAGAUGGGGAAGCCUUGAUUGUGGUCAAUAACCCUGAUUUAUUGAUGUAUUGUGACCAAGAGUUUCCAAUUUUGAAAUGCUGGGCUCGGUCACAAGUGGCAGCUCCUUGUGCUUUGAAGAAUAAGGAUAUCUGCCAAUGGAACAAUAUGAAAUAUAAAUCAGUAUAUAAGAACGUGACUCUACAGGUUCCAGUGGGACUGACUAUACAUACCUCUUUAGUAUGUUCUGUGACUCUGCUCAUUACCGUCCUGUGUUCCACUCUAAUCCUUGUGGCUGUUUUCAAAUAUGGCCAUUUUUCCCUAUAAGUUUUAUGGAGUUUAAUGCUUCCCAUAAACCUAAAUAAGACCUAUUGACUUGCGAUUAGAAGUACUGUUCUAGAAUUAUGUCAUUUAUGUCUAAAAUUAUGUGUACUAGAGGAAAUUUUGGAUCACUUUCAACCAAUUCCAGAAUGUAGUGCUCUGUUGUUGUAUAGACCUUUGAUAAUCUUCAAGCAAGUGCCAAUAGAAGAGGAAACUUAAUUGUGUUAAAUAUUUAUCUUGUGAGAAGUGAUUUUAUAUCUUCAUUCGGUUACGAAAAUGAGUACUUGAUAUGUUAGAGACAAAUUAUUCUCAUUUUAUUGACUAGAAAUAUUUUAAUUUCAGCUAAAAAUUGAGAAAAUCAUUAUAAAUAAGAAUAAAAUAUUUUGGAUGAAGCAGUUUAUUUAAACAUUAAUUUUGAAUAUUAAAGUUACUCAUCCAGAGUUUAAAGAAAAUAAAGUAGGAUAGCUAAGAAAUUAUUGAUAUCAAGAUUGAUUAUUCCUUAAAGCAUUUCCAUUCUCCUUUUGUAUUUUAUUAUACUGUUUUGAAUAUAUGAAUUGGUUAGAUGAAACUAAGUACUAAGUACUAAGACUUAGUACUGAAUUUGUCAGGAAGACAAUUGUCUUUUUUAGAGUAUUUUUUAUUAAGUUGUACAUUUACAAAAAAAAUCUUUUUUGUAUCUUUUGCUCCAUGCCAAACUUGGGGCUUGAACUCACGACCCUGAGAUCAAGAGUCACAUGCUCUACCGACUG